AUGAAGAAAAAGCAGGGGACUGGCGCUGUGGUUUUUCUUCCUAGUGGUGCGGCUGGCUCUCGUAGCUUCUUCGUCAGUGUCAUCAAGGGCGUGAAGGAUGCUGAAGAUGCUGAAAAACAAGCAGAAAAACCGACGGUAAAAGUUAGGGCGGCCUUUGUAAGUCGUUUGCCAAUUCUUCACUUUGUCUCCACAUUUCCUCAAUGAAUGGCUCUUGCGCCUCCUUUUGUUUUUUCUAGAAUGUCGAAAGAGAUGAUAAAAUCAAAGGGAAGACAUUGACAUGAAGAAACAGCAGCAACACCAGCGGAAAUAAACAAGGGGGCGCCAACAGUAACAACGCUACUAAGCUGUGGCGUUGUUUUUUCAUCAUGAUCCUUUCAUUGUCUAAUGAACAUUUUUGAUCGAAGCUACGUCACUCCUCUAAAAAUUGGUCCGAUACAAGUGAAAGUGGCGCGCCAUCUGUUGUAGACAACACUGACGAGGAACUAUUCAGCCAAAGGGAAAUGGGGAAGGAGAGUUAUCAUUUGGUCACGCAGGAGGGCGGUGCACCUGAUGCCAAUGGUUUUAAGGCUCAUCGCUUCAAUCGUGGGCUGUCUAUUAUUUAAUAUUUGAGAUGAUAUUGAUAAAGAUGGCUCUCGAGUUUUUUUCGCAUGAUUUAUGAUUGGGUUUGUUUAGUGAUAGUACUGGAAUUUGGGGGUUAUUGCCGCACACAUUCAUAGGACUACUUUUCUCUUCGAUUAUCUUUAUGCCAGAGCCCGUAUUUCGUGCACUGUUCUCUCCGCUUCGGAGCUUAUUGGAAAAUGCCUCCUAUGACGAUGGGGAAUCCCACUAACAUCUGCUCCAGAGGUGUAGGCACGUAGCCCACAGGAGUUGUGGGGGGGUUCCUCCUCAUCAAUUGGUUGCAUUCCCAUCCCUGUCGUCUGUAAGAUGAAGGCACUUUCGGAUAUGGACAUCUCUAACAGUUCUUGCUACGGCCAUCUUGCUCAUUUGGUGAUUUUCGGACAGUCGGGCUCGGACGCAGGCAGCACUACCACUAUAGGCGACUCGUACCGAAAGCUGGCUGGGCCUGGUAAGCCCGGGGAGAAGGCCUUGAUGAGUGAUGUUGAUUUGAAAAUCGCCGCCUAUUAUUUUUGUGCUUUGUCGGCUGGACUUUGCGUCCCUCUUGCAAUAGUUGGAGGGGUUUUUUACAUCAUGGGUGUCAUAGCAUGGUUGAAGAUGCAUUAG